GAAAUAAUUACUUCACCUUUAAUUAUUAUUAAUCAUUGAUUCACAUUUGAUAUCAUAAUUUUCACUUUUUUAAAAUUUAUAUCGUUAUAAACAAUUAAUAAUUUGUUUUAUUGAAAGAAAAUGAAUGAAUAUAAAUGCAUCUGGAAAUAAUAGAUAAGUUUAAAUGCAAAAGACAUGUCUAAUGGAAAUAACUGUGAUAAUUUUGAUCAAAUUUACUUCUGCCGAACUACAAGAUCAUAUAAUACUUUGGGAUGCAAGUAAUUGGAGGUUCAAAGAAAAUCAAAAUGAUAUUAAUGCUACCGAAGGUGAUAAUUUAAUAUUUAUCUGUCCAAAAAAUCGGACAUUUUCUCAAAAUCUGUAUUGGACAGAUGAUCCACGUGUACAAUUAAAAUGUAAUAAAACAUUACCUCUUAAAGUUAUUAAACUUUUGGAUUGUUUUGGAAACAAGUCAGUUACAGAAUUCGUUCUUAAAGUUAGCCGUUUCCCAGAAAUUGCAUCACUACCAAGUUUUCAUUCAGAAAUUCCUGUUUAUUUCGUAGCUCAAUCUGUGAUAUGUCAACAGAAUAAUUUUCGUUUAAGCGUUAAACUAAUGUCUGAUAAUAAAACAGAUGUCAACAAUCAAAUUGUUACUACUGAAGAAAUGCAAACAAAGAAACAUUCUAGAAAACUUGAUUUAUUUUCAAAUACAUCAAUCUCUUCUCAAUUAAAAACAACACAAAUUCAACAUCAUUUAAAUGAUUCGUCAAAUAUAUUGAGGAAUCAAGAGUAUAAUACAAAACAAAGAUCAAGUUGGAUUGAAUAUCGACUUUUAUUUUUGCCAGCCACAUUGGCAUUUUUUACAUUAAUCGGUAUACAAAUUGUUUUGUGUGGAUUUUGUUUUUCUAAUUCAAUCACUCAAAAAUUAAUCAAAUGUUUUAAAAAAUGUAAACAUAAACAUAAUAACCUAGAAUUACAAACAAAUCACAUGUAUAAGAAUUAUCCGAUAGAAAGAUAUUUGAAUAAAAAUAGUUCAAUUCAAUCAACAUAUAAAUUAACUGUUCCCAAAUAUGAACCAAUAUCCAAUGUCAAUUCUUGUUGGAAAUCAAAACCUUCAUUAUCAAUAAAUAAAUAUGAUUUGAAAAAUACAACAAAACAACAAAACUGUUUAAAUUCUGAUUGGUUAAUUCAUUUGAAUCGAUUAGAUAAUUAUGCAUCAUUAUAUAAAUUUAAUGAUCAUCAACCUAAAUCAAACUUAUUCAUAUCAGACAAUCCAGAAAAUUUACUUAGUUAUAAAAAUUCUAUAAUUAAUCAAAACAUUCCAGAUACUUCAACAAUUCUAUGCAAUUGUAUAAAUCAGUCAACUAAUAUGAGACUUAUACAAAAUCAAGAAUUAUUAAUUCCUGUAUCAAUUUGUUUAAAUAAAAAUAUAGUGGAAGAUUGAGAAUUUUUUUAUUAAAAAAAACAUACUUUGAAGAAUUUCCGAGUGUGUCAAGCAAUGAAAAAUAACUUAUAUCCUUCAAGUGUUUUUUCCACUAAUGAUCUUUCAUGAAUAUCAUUACUAUUAUGAAUAUUUCACAGCAAAAUUAUCAAUUUUAAUUAUACUCCUAUUGCUAAAACAGAGUAGACAAUAUUAAGAUUGGAAUGCUGAAAAUUAUUACUCCUGUUGUAUAUACUACUUAAUUCAGUGGAAUCAAAGUGAUAUUCACAGUAUAUAAAUAAUUCAACUCAAUGUAUUUCUACAAAAAAAACAGAUAAAUUUAUUGGUUAUCAUUACUUAUUUAUAUGAUAAUUUAUGAUUUGACAUGAAUAUUAUGUAAAUUCAAUGAGAACAAAAUAAAUUAAACAAAACUUUAUUUUAUAUUAAUAAUUUCAGAUUUUAGUUGACUUUAUUUAUAUUCUGGAUUUAUUUUUCUCUUUUUAGUUGUUUGUUUGUUGUUUUUAUUCUUCUAUUUAUCACAAUAUUGAGCCCUUUUUUUUGCUCCUGAUUAGUUGCUAGAUUGCAAAAAGGGGGAAAAAACAAGCAAAAUGUGAACUUCUUAAAAAUGAAUUAUCUGUGAUUAAAUGUCAUAUAUAUAUAAUCUGUACAGUAUAAAAGUUCAUUAUAAGUUUAAGCCAAAAAAAGUUAUCUUUCAUGACGAUGUAAAUAAUGUAUAGAGAAAAAACAAACAACCCUCCAUCAGAAUAUGAAAAUAAAAAGCAAAUAAAUAAUGUGAUAAUCAUUCCAGUUUUAUAAUUUAUGUGAAAGAAAAAUAGGGCUAUUAAGUGAAAUUUUUGAUUUUAUCAAACUUAGUUUUUUUUCUCAUUUAUAGGAAAUAUUUUUUUUAAUCAGUUGGAGGAAAAUCAACAAUUUAACGAUAUUGUCUAUUUAUUCAAUAUGAAUGAUUGUUAAAUGUUUGAUUCAAUCUAGAUUUAGACUACAAUAUAGUUAAUAUUGUAAAACACAACAAUAGGCAGGAAGAAUGUAUGUGAGAAGUUACAAAGUACUUCAAUCUUCCAUUCUCAUCUUUCGCAUGUUCUACUAUCUGGAUUGGAUUCUCUUCUGGUCUCAAAAUGUUCUGCUAACAUCGUGCUUUCGAUACAUUAAAGCUCUUCAUGUCAUCUGAUAACUUUAGUAAAUUUGACGUCACAUUCGGCUAUAUAUUACUUGCAAAAAAUCUUGUGAGUAAUGCACACUAAAAUAUAUGACUACAUUAGUAUUGAAAUUUUGGUUGAGAAAGAACAAUGGCACCUAAAUUAAUCUAUGACUAAAUCUUCAUUCGCUGUAAGAUAAAAUUGUACAAUAUUUUAAAUAAAGCAAAAAAACAGAAAUAAUUAUAUUAAAAUGUUAAUAAAUGUAUUAAAGCG